CUCUUCUUACCCUGCACCCAGAGCUUCGCCAGAGAAGACAAGGGCAGAAAGCACCAUGAGUGGGGGCCCAAUGGGAGGAAGGCCCGGGGGCCGAGGAGCACCAGCGGUUCAGCAGAACAUACCCUCCACCCUUCUCCAGGACCACGAGAACCAGCGACUCUUCGAGAUGCUUGGACGAAAAUGCUUGACACUGGCCACUGCAGUUGUUCAGCUGUACCUGGCGCUGCCCCCUGGAGCUGAGCACUGGACCAAGGAGCAUUGUGGGGCUGUGUGCUUCGUGAAGGAUAACCCCCAGAAGUCCUACUUCAUCCGCCUUUACGGCCUUCAGGCUGGUCGGCUGCUCUGGGAACAGGAGCUGUACUCACAGCUUGUCUACUCCACCCCCACUCCCUUCUUCCACACCUUUGCUGGAGAUGACUGCCAAGCGGGGCUGAACUUUGCAGACGAGGAUGAGGCUCAGGCCUUCCGGGCCCUGGUGCAAGAGAAGAUACAAAAAAGGAAUCAGAGGCAAAGUGGAGACAGACGCCAGCUACCCCCACCACCAACACCAGCCAAUGAAGAGAGAAGAGGAGGGCUCCCACCCCUGCCCCCGCACCCAGGUGGAGACCAAGGAGGCCCUCCAGUCGGUCCGCUCUCCCUGGGGCUGGCGACAGUGGACAUCCAGAACCCUGACAUCACGAGUUCACGAUACCGUGGGCUCCCAGCACCUGGACCUAGCCCAGCUGAUAAGAAACGCUCAGGGAAGAAGAAGAUCAGCAAAGCUGAUAUUGGUGCACCCAGUGGAUUCAAGCAUGUCAGCCACGUGGGGUGGGACCCCCAGAAUGGAUUUGACGUGAACAACCUCGACCCAGAUCUGCGGAGUCUGUUCUCCAGGGCAGGAAUCAGCGAGGCCCAGCUCACCGACGCCGAGACCUCUAAACUUAUCUACGACUUCAUUGAGGACCAGGGUGGGCUGGAGGCUGUGCGGCAGGAGAUGAGGCGCCAGGAGCCACUUCCGCCGCCCCCACCGCCAUCUCGAGGAGGGAACCAGCCCCCCCGGCCUCCUAUUGUGGGGGGUAACAAGGGUCGUUCUGGUCCACUGCCCCCUGUACCUUUGGGGGUUGCCCCACCCCCACCAACACCCCGGGGACCCCCACCCCCAGGCCGAGGGGGCCCUCCACCACCACCCCCUCCAGCUACUGGACGUUCUGGACCACUGCCCCCUCCACCCCCUGGAGCUGGUGGGCCACCCAUGCCACCACCACCGCCACCACCGCCACCGCCGCCCAGCUCCGGGAAUGGACCAGCCCCUCCCCCACUCCCUCCUGCUCUGGUGCCUGCUGGGGGCCUGGCCCCUGGUGGGGGUCGGGGAGCGCUUUUGGAUCAAAUUCGGCAGGGAAUUCAGCUGAACAAGACCCCUGGGGCCCCAGAGAGCUCACCACCUCAGAGCUCAGAGGGACUGGUGGGGGCCCUGAUGCACGUGAUGCAGAAGAGAAGCAGAGCCAUCCACUCCUCCGACGAAGGGGAGGACCAGGCUGGCGAUGAAGAUGAAGAUGAUGAAUGGGAUGACUGAAUGGCUGAGUUACUUGCUGCCCUGUGCUCCUCCCCGCAGGACAUGGCUCCCCCUCCACCUGCUCUGUGCCCACCCUCCACUCUCCUCUUCCAGGCCCCCAACCCCCAUUUCUUCCCCACCAACUCCUCCAAUGCUGUUAUCCCUGCCUGGUCCUCACACUCACCCAACAAUCCCAAGGCCCUUUUUAUACAAAAAUUCUCAGUUCUCUUCACUCAAGGAUUUUUAAAGAAAAAUAAAAGAAUUGUCUUUCUGUCUCUCUAUAAA